CCCCCCCGCCCGGGCCCGCAGCAGCUCCCGGCCGCCUGGCGCGCAGGCGUGGGGCGGGCCCGGCCCCGGCGGAGGCGCCCCCGGCCCCGGCGCCGCUGCAGGUGCAGAUGGAUAACAGGACAUUUAAUACCCAUGUUCAGAAGCCAUGAAUUCCAGAAAAUUACUCUCAGAAGCACGGAGAACGUUUCCUGCUACUAAAGUACACUGCCAGCAGCCAGCACGGAUUCUCAUUGUGGAUGUCACAUCACCAUCCCAGACCAACGCUUGUUCGGUACUCUCCGAAGCUCUAGAAAACACACUUUGCUUGGCCUGUGCUUUGACAGGCACCUGCCGUGUUCCCCUGCUGAGCCUCUACGUGGUGCAGAACCAGCAGGAGUGUCUGCUUCCCUUCACGCAAGUGAAAGAAAACUUUGCACGAAUUCAAGCUUGCAUUUCAGAGCUCCGUUCGCUACCAAGAGAGGGCUGUUUCCCACAGCGGGGACAUGGAGUGGUACAAGCUGUGCAGGAUGGAUUGCAGCAGUUCAAACAAUACAGCAGACACACAGCAGCAGGAAGCUCAACAAAUAGUUCUGUUGAGAUCACAAUUUUGACUAGCCAGUCCAGCAAAGAAAUGGUAAAGCAGCUGGAAAAGAAGUUAAAAGAAAUAGACCUUGUGAGUUUACGAAGAAUACAGGUCAUUGAGGUUUUGAAGAGAGACUUUCUGGAGCCUGAGGAUGCGGAACAGUGCAUGCCAGCAGAAGAGCCCAGCAGCAAUGAUGUUGCAAUCCUGGGAAUGGACAUCGAUGUGCAAACCAUAGAGGACAACGUCAUCAGCUUGGAGAUGCUGUUUAAAACAUGGCUACAUGACUAUGGCACAGAGAGAGAACACCUCCAUCUCCUCCUUCCGUCAGGAGGCUUCAGCCGUGCCACUGCACCCAGGACCACCCUAAGUAUUUCAUUUUCUCUUCCACUCUGCAGGGAGCUCCCACAUCCCACAGCCUUAAAGAUUACCCAGGCCUGUCCUAUGGGCAUGUUCUCUCACGUCCCUCACCCAAUGUGCCUGAAAUGCGAUUUGCAGGAGAGAUUGCUCGACCCAGCUCUACUUUCUGGGACAGCUGAUGGCACCAUGAGAGCGGUAGAUCUGAAUUCACCCUGCCAGAUGGCAGCCUGGCCAGCCACAGUGCUGUACAAACUCCAGGUUGUAAAGGCUCUGAAGUCUGAAGGGGUCUGCGAGUCUGUACUGUACGGUCUGCCCUUCAUCAUCAAGCCCACAACCUGCUGGCAGCUUGACUGGGAUGAACUGGAGAUAAAUCAGCACAGUUUCCAUGCUCUAUGUCAUAGUCUUCUGAAAAGGAAGUGGAUGCUUUUGGCCAAACGUGAGCCUCAGAAUACUAGUCCAAACUGGAACGUAAUGGUGCAUUCCUACUACAUCAUUAUCCCCUCCGACUCUGCCACUCUACUUGUCAAAGCAGUCGCCAUCAGAGAGCUCUUGCUACCAUCGACCUUCCCAGCCCUCCUUGCUGAGCAGCCUGAGAGAGUGCAUGGCCCCAUAGAGAGUGCCCUGAACAGCUUGGAAGUGGAAGUUGCUUAUAACCCCUUGCACCUAAAAAGCAACCUCUACAAAUACCUGAAGAGUAUGUUGUACAAACCUCUGCACAGACAGCAGGCUCAGCCCAGGGACCAGCGACCAGAGCGGCAUCAACCCAAGCAGCACCAGAGCAGAGCAAAAGCCACGGUGGCACCCCUUCUGAUGGCUCCUUCUCCUGCCCAAGUGUUCAGACCACCGGCGGUGAGGAGAGAUUCCUGCGAGCGCUCCCUGCUCCCCAAAGAGUAUGACGAGUUCCUGCAGUGAACCCCAGGGCACUGCCUGAGCCUGCUCAGGUGCGGUUACCGCUCGGCUGCUUGCCGAGCCUUACGCACGGGGCUGGAAGCAGGCAAGACACUAAACUUGGUCUUGGUCAGACAGGCACUUCCCAUUGUUUGUUCCUCCUUGUUGUUUUAUGGUUUUGUUAGUCACCACGUCAGUCAGCAGGAAGCCUGCUACUCCAGAGCCCUCUGCCCAGAGACUGAGCUCUCCCCUGCAGCAGCCCUCGUUUCCCACUCUCGUUAGUGCACGCCCCCAGCAUGCCUCAGAUUUUGAUUUCCGAGACGAGGCUAGCCCAGGCCACAAACCACAGACUGAUGUCAGCAGGUGCAAAAUAGCUACAAGCAGGGCGGUGAGGAAGUCAGAGAGCUAGAUAAAGUAGGCAGCAACAUCAAGGUGCCCUCAUCCUGCAGGAGCAGGCUCAGCAGGGUGUUUGAACAGGCAUAAAACCAGGGCUUUUGACUUUAAUCUUAAAGCCCAGAGUGCUGUUGUCGUGAGAGCAGCACUACCCAUGAUGAUGCCAAUUUGCUUGCUGCCAUAAAGUUUCACUGCCCAGUGCCUCAGUUCAUUAAGGGGUUUGUAGCAAGUGCCAAGCCAGCUGCAGCAUGCUGGCUGGCUUCUACGCAGUGACAGCUUGCUGCAGCACAGCACCAGUCUCCCUGCCAACUGCUGUUUGGAUGCUUCCCUCCAUACAGCCUGUCCGUGCCUACAGGGCUGUUCUGCAAGCCAAUGCAGCAAGUACUUUUUAGCAGGGUUCAGAAGAUGGGGGUGUUGGCCUAGAACUUUCCAGAGAGCUUCUGCCUAGUGCUUGCACAGAUGCUCACCUGGUUUUUGGUGCAGAUGUAGGACAGCAGCCCCUGCCAGGACAGGAGCUGAGAGCAGCUCAACUGAGCCAAGGUGGCGUGGUCUCACUGGGCUUCCUCGAUGCCCAGCACCAGCACAGGUUUGUGUUCCACUUAAUUCGUUCUGACAAGCUGUUUCAAAAUAAAGUUAUCCACCAUAACGUGCA